UGUGAUGUUGGGGGAUAGGGUGUAGGGGAGAACUUUAGAGGAGGGUAGAUGGUUGGACUCGAUGAUCCCAAGGGUCUCUUCCAGCCUAGAUGAUUCUGUGAUUCUAUUCUGUGAUUAUAAUGUCUCAGUAAUGGUGGAUGGUAACGCACAUGGUAGUGAUGAGAUCAGGGAUAGUGAUAAGUCAGCAACCACAGAAGGAUCUAAGCAUGGUCAGGAGGGUAUUGGGGCUUGGCCCCCUCCAAAAGUGACAGGACAAUUAGCCCAGCUUAAGUGCUUCUACACAAAUGCACUCAGCAUGGGCAGCAAACAGGAGGAGCUGGAGGCCAUUGUACAGCAGGAAACUAUGAUAUUGUUGCCAUCACAGAAAUGUGGUGGGAAGACCUACACAACUGGAGGGCUGUUAUCGGUGGCUACCAACUCUUCAGAAGGGUAGACAAGGAAGGAGAAGUGGUGGGGUGGUCCUCCAUGUCAGAAACACAUUUGAAUGCAUAGAACUUAAUGGAAGUGACAAGGUAGAGUGUUCAUCGGUUAGAAUCAAGGGGAAGGCCAACAAGGCAGAUAUCAUGGUGGGAGUUUAUUACAGCCCCCCAAACCAGGAUGUAGUAGCUGGUGAAAUACUCUUAUCAGCAACUGGCAGAGCUCUCACAAUCACUCAGCAUUGUUCUUGUGGGGGGCUUCAACUUCCCAGAUAUCUGCUGGAAAUACAACACAGCAGAGAGGGAACAGUCCUGGAAGUUCCCAGAGUGUGUGGAAGACAGCUUCCUAACACAGCUGGUGAGCAAACCAACCAGAGAAAGUGCCCUACUGGACCUGCUGCUUGUUAACAGAGAAGGUCUCGUGGGGGAUGUAAAGGUUGAAGGUCAUCUGGGGCAGAGUGAUCACGAAAUCAUAGAGUUUUCAAUUCUUGCAGAAGCGAGUCAGAGAGCCAGCAGAAUGGCCACCUUGGACUUCCGUAAGGCAGACUUCGGCCUGUUUAGGAGAAUGGUUGAGAGUGUCCCUUGGGAGACAGUCCUGAAGGGCAAAAGUGCCCAGGAAGGCUGGUCAUACUUCAAGGAGGAACUCUCAAAACACAGGAUAAAGCCAUCCCCAGGUCCCAUAAAAUGAACUGACAGAGAAGGCGGCCAGCCUGGCUAAAUAGAGAGCUUUGGCUGGAGCUCAGGGAGAAGAGGAAGGUCUACAGUCUCUGGAGAAGGGGGUCGCCUACUUAUGAACAGUAUCAAGGUGUUGCAAAGGUGUGCUGUAGAAAAGUUAGAAGGGCAAAAGUCCAAGGAGAACUUAACUUGGCAACAACAGUUAAAGAUAAUAGGUAGAGCUUUUUUCAAUAUAUCAAUAAAAAAAGGCAGACUAGGGAAAAUGUGGGCCCGCUGAUGAAUGAGGUGGGUGCCUUGGUGGUGGAAGACACAGAGAAGACGGAGCUGCAGAAUGCCUUCUUUGCUUCGGUCUUCACUGCCAAAGCUGCCCCUCAUGAAUCCCAGACCCUGGAGACAAGAGAGAGGGUCUGGAGAGAGGAAGACUCCCCCUCUGUUGGGGAGGAGUGGGUUAGAGACCACCUGGCCAAACUAGACAUCCACAAGUCCAUGGGCCCUGAUGGGAUGCACCCACGAGUGCUGAGAGAACUGGUGGAUGUUAUGUCUGAGCCACUCUCCAUCAUUCUUGAGAGAUCUUGGAGAACAGGAGAAGUCCCUGAGGACUGGAGGAAGGCAAAUAUCACACCAGUCUACAAAAGGGGCAAGAAGGAGGACCCAGGGAACUACAGGCCAAUUAGUCUCACCUCUGUCCCGGGGAAAAUAAUGGAGCGGCUCAUUCUGGACGUCAUCUCCAAACUCAUUGAAGAUCAAGAAGGUAUUGGUAUUAGUCAACACGGAUUUACCAAGAGUAAAUCAUGCUUGACCAAUCUGAUAGCCUUCUAGGAUGUUGUAACUUGGUUGGCUAGAUGAAGGGAGAGCAGCAGAUGACAUCUACCUUGACUUCAGCAAGGCUUUUGGCACUGUCUCCCAUAACAUCCUCAUUAGAAAAUUAAGGAAGUGUGGGCUAGAUGAGGGGC